AUGUAUCACAACCAGUGGAUUAUGAAUCCAGAGGACGGAAGAAGACUGUCCGAGCUACUCGCUGGUAUGCCUCAUGGUCGACCGUCGAAUGUUGAGCGUACGUGCACCUAUCCCUGCGUUCUCACAAAUGCGGCGGGGACGCAGAAGGGCGCCAAAAUCAAGAUCCAACCCUUGAUUGGUACUGCAGAUGACGGCGUCUACCUGCGAGAGUCGGAUAUCAAGAAACUGGGCCUCAGGUUCUCUGGAAGGACAAUUAGCACUCGCCAAGGAGAAUGCAAGGUACACGAAGGAGCGGUCGUCAUCAAUUUCCCGAAUGAUUACAAUGACGGCAAGGCUGCCUACGCUGCAAAUCACAUACUCGAGCUCCCUGCCUGGGUCUACAAAGGCGUUCAUGUCAACAAUGGAGACAACGUCAAGAAACACGGCAUCAUAGGCAUGCACCUUCUCACCAAACACAUCGUGUUUAUGCACCACGGCGACACGCACCUCAUCGAUUUCAGGACGUUCACCGCCACACGCGCUCUGCACGACUGCUGCAAAGACAUGGGACCCACCAGCUCUAUGCGCGUCGGAAAGCGCGCCAUUGAAGAACAACCAAGCAAGCCCUUCCCAGGCGACCCACUCAAGAUCGCGCUCGAGGUAGCCUUUCGCUGCCCAAAGCGUCCGCCUUUCACCGUCUUCGACGUCGUGCCUCACCAGGCGACGCAGAUGGCCAUGUAUGUAUCCGAGAUCUGUCGAGUCUGCGGCAAGGCGGAUGGCUCGAACGGAGUGAAGAUUGUGAUGUGCACGCGUUGCGCGCAGGAGGAGCGUCCCAAGAGGGCACUGUACUGCAGCAAGGAGUGCCAGCGCAUCGACUGGAAGGAGCGGCACAAAGCAGAACAUGCUGGUGAGAGGCCGUGGGGAGUUUCGGGUCACACGGAGGAGAUGGUGUCAGCGAGCGAAGACGGUACAUAG